AUGACAGAUGCUCCUGUGACACUGAGUGGGACAGAGUGUAAUGGGGACAGACCACCUGAGAAUGGCCAACAGCAUAUCACUCAAACCAGCAAGGACAUAGCUGAUGCAGAUGAAACUCAGCCAUACUACAGGAUUGAGCCCAAUCUUGAAGAUUCACCUGCAAGAGGACAUCAAGAAGAUCGUGGAAACACUAAAGAAAACAUACUACUACCCAAAGAGCCUGCAGGUGAGAAGAUUCUGCAUGAAAACCCAGAAGAGAAUGUCUUUGUUGUUCACAAGACCAUCAAAGAUCUUUCUCUCCAAGAAGCAAAUGCUGAGGACAUGGCAUUCAGAGAAGGGCAUCCAUGGAAGAAGAUUCCCCUGAGCAGCAGUGACCUGGAAAUGAGUACAGAGAAGAAAAGCCUUGUCUACAAAUCUCAGGAGCACAGAGAAGAUGAGAACACGGCCUACCAGGCAACUGAAAUUGAAUGGCUGGGGUUCCAGAAAUCUAGGCAAGUUGGCAUAUUGCAUUCUAAAUGUGAUGAAGAACCAGAAGUCUGGAAUGAAGAAAUUAAUGAGGAAGAUAUUGACGAUUGCAAUGAUGAUGAAGAUGAAAUUCGAGUAAUAGAAUUCAAGAGAAAACACAGUGAAGGUUCUCAAUUAAAAGAGGAAAACCAUGUAAGGCAAGACUCCCCACUAAGCAGCCCCAGCUCUCAGCCGGGGACCCCUGAUGAGCAGCCUAUGUUAGGAAAGAAGGGAGAUAUCUUCAGGAAUACUUAUUCCAGAUACAAUACAAUAUCCUAUAGAAAAAUUAGGAAAGGGAACACCAAACAGAGAAUCGAUGAAUUUGAGUCAAUGAUGCACUUAUAAGCUAAAUGGGACUGAG